GGCAUGGAUAGAGAGCCGGGGAAAAGCCCCCCCAAACCUCCCUGUGCCAUCGCCUCAAGAACUCCUUCUGUGGCCCGGGCGCUCCCGCGGUGGUAGCGGGUCUGAUUGGUUUGACAGAGGCCGCGGCGCCUGCAGGCUCUCCUCGCCGGUGGCGGGGCGGGCGCACGAGCGAGGGAGGCGGGAGCUGAGGCGGGGCCGGGGCGAGCGCAACCAGCAGGAGGGGGCGGCGGUGCUGCUCCGGAGCCAGCGCGCCUGCCCGACCGGCCGCGAGAACGACAGAGACGGAGGAGCUCGGAGGAGAGGAGGCGGGUCUCCGGGCCGGGACGGCCGGGCCCCAUGGGCGGGUGUGUGGGCUCCCACCAUGACUCCUCGGGCAGCCUCAAUGAGAAUUCGGACGGUACCGGAGUUGCACUAGGUCGCAAUCAGCCUCUGAAAAAGGAAAAACCAAAAUGGAAAAGUGAUUAUCCAAUGACAGAUGGACAACUGCGCAGCAAAAGAGAUGAAUUUUGGGACACUGCACCUGCUUUUGAAGGCCGCAAGGAAAUCUGGGAUGCCUUGAAGGCUGCAGCACAUGCAUUUGAGAACAAUGAUCAUGAACUGGCACAAGCAAUCAUUGAUGGUGCAAACAUAACAUUACCCCAUGGUGCUCUUACAGAGUGCUAUGACGAACUGGGAAAUAGAUACCAGCUUCCUGUCUACUGCCUGGCCCCGCCCAUCAACAUGAUAGAAGAGAAGGGUGAUCUAGAGACUCUGGAUAUUCCUGAUCCACCACCUAAUUCCGGUCAUGAAUGUCAACUUCGUUUACGCCUCUCAACAGGCAAAGACCUCAAACUUAUGGUCCGCAGUAUGGACACUGUAUAUCACAUGAAGAGAAGACUGCACGCAGUAGAGGGUGUGGAGACCAGUAGCCAGCGGUGGUUUUUUUCAGGCAGGCCACUGGCAGACAAAAUGAAACUGGAGGAGCUGAAAAUACCAAGGGACUAUGUGGUGCAAGUCAUUGUGAGCCAGCCAUUAACAAACCCCACCCCAGUGGAGAACUGACUUUGCCUGUAUCUCUCUUUUCCUUUUCUGCUCUACUUAUCAUGUUGGAACCUUUUCACUAUUUUCAUUUUCUCCUGCUAGUGGGUUG